AUGGAUAUUCACAUGCCCUCUAUCGUCUCUUCCCCAAAUCCUCACAACAAUGCGCCUCAAAACGGUAAUGGGAAUGCAAAGGAGGAUCUCCUAGCUUUGAUGAAGGAGAAAGAUAAUGUGGAAGCUGAGCUUAAGGCUCUGGGAAGCGUUUUAGAUUCACAUAAAGUAAAUAUGCAGACGCCGCUCUGUACCUUCGAUGGAUACCCACGUGACGACAUCGACGUUGCCCAGAUUCGCAUCACUCGGUCACGAAUAAUACACCUCCGCAACGACUAUAAGGGCCUCAUGAACAAGAUCGAAAAGGGUCUUCAUGCCCAUCAUGCAACUAUUGCAGCCUCACUUGCUGCUACACCAUCAUCCCCAGCGACCUCUUCCUCUACUACACAACUGAUAGAAGCGCCUUUCGCAAGGGUUAACACGGUUGUACCAGGAAGUCCCGCCGCUGAAGCCGGCAUGAGACCAGGGGACCUUAUCAAACGGUUUGGUACUGUGAACGCUUUGAAUCAUUCAAGACUCUCAAGAGUAGCCGAACUUGUUACCCAGAAUGAAGGUAGACCUAUUAAUGUUCUACUCUCUAGAAAGGAUGAUUCUGGUGUGGAGGUCAAUCUCCAUUCUUUGAAUUGUAUCGAGGGAUAA